UUUAAUCAUUCAAUUAAUUUUUUUCAGGUUGUUGGAGUCCAGCAAUAUCCCAUAAGGCCGCAGGUGGCCGACAUCAAUGAGAAUAUUCUGUCUGAACAGCUGACGUCAGAAUCGGUCUUGACGGACGAAAUCAUCAAAUCCACAGGAAGACAAAUUGAAGACGCUUUACAAGAAUUCGACAUUUAUUGUAGUAAUUUACAUAUAGAUCCUCACAAUUCCGGCUUCCGGCUGUUGACAGACGGCCAGCUACCCCUGCGACAAUGUCUGCAUCCGGAAGCCUGCCGAAAAGAUAUAGAUCUGCCCUCGUACUAUACCGUAUUCCAUGACCUUAGGAAAGAAGUGGCACGAUACUCUGGUAGAGUGGACGAUCCGCCUCAAAGUAUCGCCGACAUGUUAGAAUAUAUACAAUUAUUACCUGAAUCUGAUAACGAAUUUUACAAGAAAGAAGCGAAAGACAUGGUUAACAUUCUACAAAGACUAUUAUCAGAGGGACAUAGAUUCGAUGUACCAGAAAAUAUACAAUUGAUGCUCGAACCAGGAAUAUGUUCGAAAGACGAUGAGAUUGACAGCAAUUGUGUGGUGAGAGCUAGAGGACUGCCGUGGCAAAGUAGUGAUCAAGAUAUAGCGAAAUUUUUCAGAGGUUUGAAUGUCGCCAAAGGCGGCGUAGCGCUGUGCUUGUCGGCUCAAGGCAGACGGAACGGCGAGGCCCUGGUGCGGUUCGCGGGCCAGGAACACCGUGACAUGGCGCUCAAGCGGCACAAGCACCAUAUCGGCGCCAGGUACAUCGAGGUGUACAGGGCGUCCGGGGACGACUUCCUAUCGGUGGCGGGAGGCGCUAGCGGUGAAGCGCAGGCCUUUCUGAGCAGGGGGGCAGCGGUGAUUGUGCGGAUGCGAGGGCUGCCGUACGACUGCACUGCCAAGCAAGUGUUGGACUUUUUUGCUCAAGCAGAAAAUGCGUGUAAUAUAUUAGACGGUACUGAUGGGGUACUGUUCGUGAGAAAACCUGACGGCCGAGCAACUGGUGACGCCUUCGUACUAUUUGCCAAUGAAACUGACGCACCCAAAGCUCUCUCAAAACAUAGAGAAUGUAUAGGUUCUAGGUAUAUCGAAUUAUUCAGAUCGACGACAGCUGAAGUCCAACAGGUCCUCAACAGGUGUUUGGAUCCUAAAACGUAUGAGCAGCAAACGCCUUUAAUAGCUCAACUACCACAAGUGCCUUUAUUGCCACAACAUAUUAUUACAUCGGGAACUCGAAAAGACUGCAUUAGGUUAAGAGGAUUGCCCUAUGAGGCCCAAGUUGAGCACAUUUUGGAAUUCUUGGGCGACUUUGCCAAAAAUAUCGUCUUUCAAGGCGUCCAUAUGGUUUACAAUGCUCAGGGCCAACCGAGCGGCGAGGCCUUCAUCCAAAUGGACUCGGAGCAAUCGGCCUUCAUAACGGCCCAACAGAAACACCACCGCUACAUGAUCUUCGGCAAGAAGCAGAGGUACAUCGAAGUCUUCCAGUGUUCCGGGGAAGACAUGAAUCUCGUCCUGACCGGGGGCAUCCCGGCCCCCGUCUCCCCAGCCAAGGCCGCCCCGGCGCUCCUCAGUCCCGGUGGCAAUAUCUUGCCAACACCGUUCCAUCCAGGGCCCAAUUUCCCUGGAUACGCCCCGGUACAGAUAGCUGCAACGAUCGACCCAAGACAGUUCAUGCCACCACAGAUAUUCUACUGGCCCUACCCCAGUCCUCCCGUGUCACCAACGAACUAUUACCCCACCAUUCCACCACCUGGAUCUUUACCUCCACAACCACAACAACAACUGCUUCCUCCAGAAUGUGCCCCUUUGCAUCCGAUGGCUCCGAUUCAAACAAUAGAAGCUAGAUUGAUGACCGAAAUGCAUCGACCUGAUCCAGAGAAAGAGCCUAGUGCAAAUGUUCCUCAUAAUCAAUAUGUCGAGAUUAUAAUUUGA